AAUUGUUAUCUUUUAAACAUUAUAGUAACAAGUAACGUCUGCAGUUGAUUUUUAGCCAGGUAUCUGAUACCUGUUUAAUAACUAGUAUAAUUUGUCUGAAAAAUUUUAAUAAUUUUAAGCAUUAUUAAUUAAUUAUAAUAUUGUUAAUAAAAAUGGCGAUAAAAGGUUAUUUAACGGCUAUCACAUUAGCAGUGGUUUCAAUAUUCCUUGCCAGUUUUAUUGAUUUUAAUACUAUCACCGAAAAUUUUAAUUUUAUGAAAAAAAACCCAGAAGGACCCAUUACUACAAAUAAUGAUGUUAAUCAGCAGUAUGAAAAUGAUAAACAUGUUAAAUUGAAUAAUGAUAGAGUAAUAUCAGUGAAUAAAGAAUCACCCAGUAUAAAAAAAAAUGAAAUUUUAUAUAACAACGAAAACUUAAAACAUGAUAAGAAGAAUUCCGAAUCAAGUAGCAGUUCUACAGUUAUUACUGAUAAACAUAUAAUCAGCGACAGUUUAUCAUUAUCAAAGCAUGAUACGGAUACUAAGAUUGAUAAACCAAUUAAUGCUCACAGUGGUAGCAGUAACAGCGGGAGCAGUAACAGCAGCAGCAGCAGCAGCAGUUCAUUUAAUAUUGAUAACUUAUCAAAUACUAAUGUCCCAAAAAAUUCAGACACUAACAAAAACAACAACGACAAGAUGAAUAAUAACAAUAAUAAAAAUGAACAUAACAACGAAAACAACCACAAUAUCAAUAAUAACAAUAAAAUCAACCAUAAUAGUAACAACAUUAACAAUAAUAACAAUCUUAACAAUAAUGACAUUGUGAAAAAAAACAACAACAUAAAUAUCGACAAUAACAACAUAAAAAAAAACAACAUCAAUAUUAACAAUAAUGAUAACAAUAACAGAAACGAUAAUAUUAAUCAAAACAACAAAAAUAAUGAAAAUGAUAAAAAUAACAACAUUAACAUCGAAAAGAGCAAAUACAACAACAAUGCUAACAGAAUUAUUAAUGACAAUAAAAAUUCCGCUGAUAAAAAUUAUGAAAAUAAUCAAAAAAAUCCUGAAAAGAUCAGCAGUAGUCAUUCGAGUAAGAGUUUUGAAAAUUCCGAUAUACACAUGCAUAGAACAAACGAGAAUUCACGUCCUCAACAGCAUGCAAUAAAUAAUAAAGUUAGUGAACCAAUAAAUACUAGUGGAAGUAGUAGUAGCAGCAGCAGCAGUAGCUCAUCAAAUAUCGACAGCUCAUUAAAUACUCGUAGUUCAACUAACAACAAUAAUAAUAAUAAUAACAACAAAAAUCCUAAUAAUUAAUC